GUGUGUGAGUAGAGUUUAAAAACAGCGGAACAGUUAGACGUGUUUCUCUUGCAGAAUAGUUCCAUAGUGCUUGUGAGAGAUUAAGUGCACGCAGCAUGGAUUCGUAGCACAGGAAAUGAUGUGCGUGCCUGAAGAGGAAGAUUGCUGAAGUGUUAUUAAGCACCUCAGAUGUGUGUAUUGACCACAUGGAGGCAGAGAGUCACACUCACUCUGAUGGACCAUCCAGCUCCUGUCGAGCAACUCUCGGCUGCUGCAGAGCUGCAGAUGCCGUUCUCAGACACGGUCAAGUACCUCAUCCUGGGCGUCUCCGUGACUCUACUCCUGCUGGCCCUGGGCAUCCUGGCCUGGCAGACCUUCAGAUGCUGCACCAACACACACACCACAUACACCCAGCAAGACACGGUGAACAGUGAUGUGCUCGAUUCAGAUGAAAAGUCAACAACAGCAGGGAAGUACUCCGGAGCUCCAAGUAUGAAGGUGGAGGACGUCAGCACUGAGGUUCAGAGGCAGAGUCGUUGUUUGCCUCAGGCCUCCGGAUCCAGCGAGGCAGAGGGAGACGAGGGCGAGCAGCUCAACGUUAAACAGGUGGAUGGAUCUCUUCGGUUCUCCCUGUACUACGACCAGCCACAGUCCCGUUUGGUGGUCACCGUCCUGCAGGUGGAGGGGCUUCAGGAGCUCAGCCAGACCUGCUGCCUCCAGCCAUUUGUUAAACUACGACUCAUGUUGGCAGGAUCAGAGGGAGUGGACGUGGAGGGUGGAGGGACGUCUCCUGCACUGUGGACAGUGCUGCAGGAGUGGCAGACUCGCAUUGUGAAAGACAGCUGUAACCCUUUAUAUGGAGAUCAGUUCAGCUGCAUUCUGCAGGAUAAAGACGCACUUCAUCACGUCAGCCUUAGGAUGGAGGUGUGGGACUUUGAUAAAUUCUCGAGACACACGUUGUUGGGAGGGGUGAGGGUUCCUUUCGGGAAGCUCAACGUCUCUCACCCUCUGGAGCUGCACGAGGAUCUGCAGCGACCCCAGAAGGAUCGUGUCGGAGAGGUGCUGCUGUCACUGAAGUUUCUUCCCACUUCUCAGAGGCUUGAGGUUGGUCUGCUAAAGGUCAGAACAGUCCCCACUGAGAUAUGCUCAGAUGCCGCCGUUUACGUCAGGAUCAGUGUCCAGUGUAAUCAUUGCAAGCUCAGGUCGCAGAAGACCUCGGUGGAGGCCCGGUGCCGGGUGAACGUCUUCAACGAGGUGCUCAUGUUCUCGCUGCCCGAGUUUCCUGUGGAGCGGUGUAAAAUCAUAAUCUCUGUGUAUGAGACUCACACGAGCUGGAAAUCCCCCAAACAUCUGAUAGGACAGUUGACUGUGGGGAAGGAGAGGAGAACGGAAGACGAGCACUGGAACUGGAUGAUGCGCUCAGUCCGGCAGCCUGUAGCAAAGUGGCAUGGCCUGCUGAUCUGAUCUGUGGUUUAUAAACCCACUUCUUAAAUCUCCCCGCCUGCUUGUGUUUAAAGCUGUUGUUCUUCUUUGUUCAGCUGUUGAGAGAUGGGCAGCUGUUGAAGUUAAGGACAAACACGGACUCCUUUACUCUCGACUCCAAAGUGAUUUAACAAAGAGUUCUUCCUGCCUCAAUCAGGAAAGAGGAGUCACUACUAAUCUGAGACUUCAGGAUUCACAAUCUACUCAUUCACUUACAGUGCAUCUUUCUUUCUUUUUAUUUUCAAAUCACAUUUUAUUGAAAAGGAUCUUAUCA